GGGGGGGGGGGCGCAAAGGCGGCGAGGCAGGCGAGCCCGCGGGCUGCUGAAGUCCGCCCAGGGAGUCCUCGGUCCUGUGGGCCAGGCCUCCCCGCUCCAGCAGGGCGCCUUCCUCACCAGAUUUAAUCAGCUGUAAAAGGAAACUUCCACAAUCCAGGCAGAUGAUGAUCAAUUGAUAUAUCAACCUGAUUUUUACCAGAUUUUAAGCAGCGGAAAGAAUGUCGGCGCGGGCCGUGGCUGACGUCAGAGGGGAGCAACGCAGAGCGGCGGUGGCGGCGGCGGCGGCCAGCAGGCAGCAGCGGCGGCCCCGGCACGGAGGAGGCAGCGGCGAGAGCGGCCUCGGCCCCGCCACCACCACCACCAUCAUCCCCGCCAGUACAGCCACCGCCACCAGCGCAGCAAUGGCGACCGUCGGGGAGCGCAGGUCCUUACCUAGCCCGGAGGCAAUGCUGGGGCAGCCCUGGAGCCAUUGGGUCGAUGCUGCUAAACUUCACGGGAACGAUGGAGCAGCCUUAGAAGAAAAUUUCAAGGAGUAUGGUAAAAACCGAGAAGCGAUGCGACUUUGUAGGGAAGAUAUGCCAAUAUUUGGUCUUUGCCCAGCUCAUGAUGAUUUCUAUUUGGUGAUGUGUAACCACUGUAAUCAGGUCGUAAAACCACAGGCAUUUCAAUCACAUUAUGAAAGAAGACACAGCUCCUCCAGCAAACCACCUCUGACACCUCCUUCCUCUUCAGUAUUCUCCUUGUAUUCAUCUCUGUCUUCAAAAAAUAAAGGUAGCAGCGGAGGAGGGAGCAAUCGCUCAUCCAGUGGUGGAGGGGCAGGUGCAUCGUCCUCAUCCAGUUCAAAAUUAUUGAAAUCACCCAAAGACAAGCUGCCAAUUGGUGGAAACAAUAGGCCAAUGCAUCUAAUCCAUAGCAAAGGUCUCCAUGACAAAAUCAUGACUCCAUCUGUCAAAAUGGAAAAAAUACAUCCAAAGUUAGAUGGUGCAUUACUGAAGCCUGCUGUUGGUCCAACCUGUUCUACUACUGUGAGCUCCUCAAUAAAGACUGGCCUUAAUCCCUCAAUACCAAAGCCACCCUUGCCUUCCCCUGGACAGAUACUGAAUGGUAAAAGUCUUCUCUCUGUGCCUCCAUAUACAGAAAAGAAACAAGACGAGAGUACAAAUAAUAGGAAAUUUUUACACAAAAGACUGUCAGAGAGAGAAUUUGAUCCUGAUAUCUACUGCGGAGUCAUUGACACAGAAACCAAGAAACCCUGUACCAGGUCGUUAACAUGCAAGACACAUUCCCUAACUCAGCGAAGAGCUGUGCAGGGUCGGAGGAAACGAUUUGAUUUAUUACUAGCUGAGCACAAAAGCAAAACCAGGGAAAAAGAAUUACUCCGCCAUUUGGAUCAUCAUCAGCAGAUGCCCCUUCUCAGGGAACCACAUCCCUCACCUUCAAGGACUUCCCAGGAGCUGCACCAAAAUUCUCAUGGAGUUAUUCCUACAGAAUCAAAGCCUUUAGUACCUAAUAAACCCAAACCUCACACCCCCAGUCUUCCAAGGCCUCCAGGCUGUCCUGGCCAGCACAGUGGGAAUGCCCCUAGUGAAUCUCCAUCACUCCAUGAAUCUCCACAUGCUCCCUUGCCUGCAGCUGAGCCAACAUCUCGGUUAUCCAGUGAUGAGGGAGAAUGUGAUGAAAAAGAAGAGCCUGUUGAAAAACUGGAUUGUCUUUACUCGGAUCAUCAUCCUCAAGCAGCUGCUUUUUGCACAUUUGGUAGUCGACAAAUCGGAAGAGGUUACUACGUGUUUGAUAAGCGGUGGAACCAUAUCCGAUGUGCACUUAAUGUCAUGGUGGACAAACAUCUUAAUUCACAGAUGUGGAAGAAGAUUCCUCCCGCGACAAGCAACUCAGCAUCCAUCCGUGCUCCCCACCGGACAAGUGCCAUGCCCGCGUCACAGUACGGUGUCAGCACGACCAGUUCCACGUUACCCACAACCGCUGUGUCCCCUCCAGUGCUUGUGUCUCCCUCUUGUUUAUCUCUUAGUGGCAAAUCAGUACCAUCCCAUGGGACUACGCUCAAUGCCAACCCUGCUAGUUUUGGUGCCGCAGAACCUGCCUGCAGUAUGCAAUCGAGACAAGGGUCUACAUCCCUUUCAACACCUCCAGUGCUUUCCUCAAUACCUUCACCUCUGUCCAGCAAACCUCAGAAAUUUAAAUCCAGCAAGUCUUUUAAGCCUAAGGAAAUUUCUGCUAGCAGCGCCAACUGUAACAGUAACAGUAGCAGUAGCAACAGCGGUAGCGGCAGCUCAGGAAAGAAGCGUAAGAACAGUUCCGCGCUGCCGGCAGCUUCUUCUCAUUCCACAGAGUCCUUUAGGAAAAACUGUGUCGUGAACUCUGGAAACUCGGGGGCUUCUUUUCACUCUCCUGUGAUGUCUUCAUCCCACAGUGUUGGCCUCAACUGUAUGACUAGUAAAGCGAACUCGCUUAGCCUCAAGCAUGACCAAUCAGGGAGGGGGCCUCCCAUGGGGAGCCCCGCAGAAUCGAUAAAACGAAUGAGUGUGAUGGUGAACAGUGGCGAUUCUACCCUGUCGCUGGGACCGUUCAUUCACCAGUCCAGCGAACUGACUGUAAACUCACACGGCGGGUUUUCACACUCACAUCCUUCCCUCGAUAAACUCAUAGGAAAAAAAAGAAAGGGCGGGCCUGGUUCAAGUAGCCUAAGCAGCAGCAGCAGCAGCAGCAGCAGCAAAGCAAGCAAGAUUGCCAAAUUGCCACCGGUGAACAACAUUCACACAAAACACACCGGUGCAAUCCCAGGGACACAAGGAUUGAUGAACAAUUCUAUUCUUCAUCAGCCAAAGGCACGUCCCUAGCAGUUGACAGUACCAUGACAGAACUGGAUUAUUUUCACUACAAGCAGAAAAAAAAAUAUCUCCAUCUGGAAAUUCUGGACUCCCUGAUGCCUUUUGAGUUCUCCCAGCUUCCCACAGUUCUCAGGUGUGGAAAUCUACUAGUCUGUCACUCAAUCAAGGAGAAUCCCUGAAGCCAUGUCUGUAGCAACAGAGAUUGGAAAUGGACACUGGAUUGCCGUUCAGCCACAGGAUUAUUCCUAUCAGUGUUACCAGUGGUCUGGACUGCUUGCUACACAUCCCUGUGAAGGUUUUAUUUACAGGAGUACAUCAUUUUUGCCACUAAUUCAAACAAGAUUGGUUGGGCAAAGCAGUGUUUGGGAAAGAAUAUUUACUAUGGACUUGUGUUUUCUUUUCUUUACCGAUAGUGUCAUAAGCCUAAUUAACCGCUCUUUUGGCACUGUCCUAGUGAAAACCCUUCCAGAAGGGGGCACAAAUGUGUUAGGCACAAUAAAACAGACAGAAAAGCCCUCCAGAAGGGAAUAUGGCUUUAGUGUUUUAUAGCAAUGUUCCUUGAUUGGAAUACAAAUAAAUAAAAAAAAAAUAGCACAAUUUAGAAAUGAAAGUCUACAUUUUGCCCAGCCUUUUAUAAGUAAUUUGGGAUAAGAAGCUGACAGGAGUUCUUAAAACAAAACACAAGUUUGGGGUCAUCACUCAAAAAUUAAAAAGCAUAUUUAAAUUGUGAAACCACAUGGUACAGAACAAUUUUUAAUGGGAGUUGUCCACCAAGCGUAACUGCCUCAUCUCCUUCAUUCCUUCCAGUGGAGGUUGUAUAGGGCUCCUAUAUGAGAUCCACUGAAAUGAAUGAAGGUUGCGCAAUGGCAUUCUUUGGAGGAGGAUGGUACCUGCUUGAUUCUGAAAUAAAAUUGCUUUGAUUCUAAUACACAGACUGAUGCAAAACUCUUGAAUCCAAAAUGGUGAAUGACCUCUAAAACUUAUUCCCAAAGAAUAUAUUCUUGACCUAUACUGUAUGCCAUACGCCUUUGUUGUUUUGGGGAGAUGUGGGUGGGGAAGGAUGAAAAAUGAAACCAAAAAGAAAAAAAAAUCCUUAAAAAAAAACUAAAUUGCAAUCAUCUGUAACACUAAAUUUUCUGUGCUAUUUUUCUUGAAAGAUUUUUCCAGCAAGUUGAUAACUUUGUUCACACAACCAAAUCACCUUUUUCUGAAGUCCACCUUCAGAUUUUUUCUGAUGACUGCAUUAAGUGCCAGUUCAGGUUCUGAGCUCAGUAUUAAAUUUACCCCUUGCAUUACCAGUUUAUAACGGGGGAGAGGGGAAAUGAGUCAUUCAGUUCCCACUGAUACCUUUUUCUUUUAAGCAAAGGGGGGGGGAAUUGGAAGGGCUUUAACACUACUAUGUGAUCUGGUUGAUUGUAAGAGUAGUGAACCUUGAAAAACAACCUAGAAUUUUACGCAUUUUGUUUGAAAGGGAGAGGAAACGAUCAAUCCAAACCAUAGGACAUAAUCCAUGGGGAAUUUUCCUUCUGCAAUUCUAUAAAAAAUGCACUUCCUGUCCUUUUGUAAUAGGGUGUGUUUUGGAGUAUAGAUUCAGACUGUCAUUUCCUCCCCAGUGUGUGUUUUACUUUUGCAAUCACAUUCAACAAGGCCAGAUUUUUUAGCAUGUUGCAUUUUCACAGCUUUUUGGAGAUGCACCUGCAAAUCUGUUGGACUUGUGGACUCAACACCCAACCUUCCAGGCAGCUCAAUUCCAUCUCAUGCCUGUCACUUGAGAACCACAUAGUCAAAAAAGUUAACACUUACUGAGGGAGGAAACAGAUCAUCUGAAUCUACCUGCAACAGGGCUUGUGAAGAUGUCCUCAAUGAAAUACGCCUGUAGACUGCCUUAAAUGGGCACCAGAUUUUGCUGAGAUUAGACAAUCUGAGCCUAUCUAAUUCACACAGCCCAGCCUCUCUCUCCCUACUACGGUGGUGCAUUGCACAUCAGGGAUUCUAAAGCCACCACGAGCAGUAGAUGCUUGGGGUCUUUUUUGUUGUUGUUGUUAUUGUCCUUGGUUGAUUUUUACCUGUUGAGAUUUUCAAAUCAACAUGAAAUUUGCUAGUGAAUUAUUUAAAAACACAGUGAAGAAACAAGACUCUAUGCAGACAACUCUAAAGCCUUGAAUUCACAAAAAGAUCAUGUUGGGGUGGGGUUUUUUUUUAAGUAAAGGAAUAAUAUUAUGGACACUGAUGAUUAUGCAAAUAUUAAAAGUGACUGCAUUCUGGAGAAAGGGGAAUUUUAAACAACCCUUUGGUAGAUAGAAAAUAUUGUAAAAAUGUGAAGACCUCUUAAUUGGCUUAUUUGGAAAGUGGGAAGGAACAACCAAAGUAAUGUAUCUGCCUGGCAGAGAAAGUAGACAUAGGUUCCAUCCCACAUGUUAGGUAUUUUCAAUCACAAGUGCAAUUUGGUUUUUACCUUUGAAGGCUGACCUUUUCCAUGAGUUAAAUCUUAGUGGCUUUAAGUACUUGGAAAUAUACUUCUUUUAUAAAUAUUCUGUUACUCUGAGCAUAUCAAAGCAAGUCCCAAACUCCUUAAAAAUGCAGAUCUCUGUGGAAAGUUCAACAGUGUUUAAUUUAAAUAGGUUGCACAGCUAUGGACCCAAUUCCCACUGCGAAUGCCUGGGCUGCAAGCUAUGUUGAAAGCACUGGGAACUUCACACAAACACAGCCAUGUUGUUGCACAGAGCUCGCCCAGUGCAUUCGGUAGGGCUUAAAUGCAUAAAAGGCAUUCUAAGGUGGAAUUACGUCUUGCAUAUGGCUCUUAAGGCAUAUAGUUUUAUAAUUUGCUAUGAAUAGAAACGGAAGAUGUUAAUUUAUGCCUGCCCUCAAAGUGUAGACUUGCUUAACUAUUAGGCAAACAAUAUUCCAUUUUUGGGAGCUUAGUAAUGAAUGGAGUAAUUGUUUUUGAAUCUUUUAUUGUCUGACAACAUUCUCAUUGUAAAUAAUUAAGGAACUUUCAAAUUUAAUUUAUCUUGCAAAAUUUGCAGUGACUGGGUUGUUAGAAUGAUUUUAAUUUAAGAGAUACGAUUUUUAUAGACUUUCCUGCUUCUCAUUAUGACUCCUGCAGUUUUCUUAACCUAAAAAAAUAAUAAUAAAAAAUGUUGCAAUGGUGAACAAAGAAAUAUACAAAAAAAAAUAAUGAAACCCAUAAUUUUGUACCUUUAUUUUGGAAUUUCUUGUUCUAUUAUAAAUAUUGAAGUAUCCCUAUUUCAGAAGACAUAUUUUGUUAAUUGAUUGUACAUAUUUAAAUAUGUAUUUUUGCACAGGUUGUUUUUUUUCUUAUAUCCAGUUUUGGUACAAUUGAAAAUCAUCUAGUAUUUAUUAAUUAAAAAAGGAAAAAAAGCAAAUACCCUUUUUUUUAUAAUUUGAAGUGGUUCACUGCCAAGCCAAUAGCUAACAUGCCUACUUUGCAGUUUUUAAGGGAUGCCUCUGUCUGGAGAGGGGGGAGGGGGGCAUUCUGUCUCUUGUCUUGGGAGUUGCUCCGUACAAGUGAAAGUCCUGUGCCCCUCACCCCCAGCUUCUCCGAUUCUUAGCAGCGAGGCGAGGUCACAUCAGGUGGCAUGUUGUUGACCUACUCUGGUAUAUACAGCAUAGCUUAACAAUUGCCUGAUUUCCAGAAGACUACAUUCAGUUGUGACACACUGCUUUUUUUUUUGUUUCAUUUUAGCAUUUGUGUGUAUGUGUAUGUGCACACCUCUGUGCCCGCAUACGUGCACACAGGUGUGAGUCUUUAUAUGGUUUAAAAACUAAUGGAAAAACUGAAAGUGCCUGAUUUAUAUAUCUAGAUUUUAAGCUUGGACUGUUCUUUAGACAGCUUCUCCUUUAAAGACUUGAAUGUUCUGUUAAAAAAAUAAAAUAAAAUAAAGUCGAGCUUGCUUUUCCCA